CAUCCCAAGUUCCGUCCUCCAGGAGGCCAUCCAGGUGCUAAGUUCACGUGUGAUUAUCGAAACAUGAAGGAUUGGUACCCUUGCUCGACCCCGAUGAAUCGGGGAUGUUGGCUGCGGCACCCCAACGGGAGCGAAUUCAAUAUCCAUACGGACUACGAGAAUCAGGCUCCUAUCGGAAUUGACCGUUACUACACGCUGGAUGUCCAUGACAGUUGGUUGAAUCCGGAUGGCUUGAACUCAACUCAAUCGAAAUUGUUCAACAACACAUACCCUGGCCCAUGGAUCCAGGCCUGCUGGGGAGACAGGGUUCAUAUCAACGUGACCAACCACAUGAAGCAUAAUGGCACCAGCAUUCAUUGGCACGGCAUUCGCCAGCUGAACAGCAUGCAAAUGGAUGGCGUCAACGGUGUCACGCAGUGCCCAAUUGCCCCUGGAGACCACUUCGUCUACAGUUUCAACACGACACAAUACGGCAGCUCGUGGUAUCAUAGCCACUACUCUGUGCAAUACGCGGAUGGCUUGCAGGGCCCCCUGACAAUCCACGGUCCGACUUCUGCCGACUUUGACGAGCCAAAAGAUCCCCUCAUCGUGUCCGACUGGGGUCACAAUAGCGCCUUUGACGCCAUAUAUCAGGGCCUCAAGGCACCCAGUAUCCUCCUCAACGGUGUUGGCAAUGUGACUCGAUUCAACAACUCCAUCCAGGCCCAGCUGCCGAUUCCAAAGACUUAUGAGCUGCACUUUGAGCAACAACCCUAUCAGCACUCGAAGAAGUACCUGCUGCGAAUCAUCAAUACUUCUUUUGACUCAACUUUUGUGAUCUCGAUCGACAACCACUGGCUGCAGAUUGUGAGCGCAGAUUUCGUCCCCAUUGUGCCUUACUACAACACCUCCCUUCUCGUCGGCAUUGGCCAACGAUACAAUGUCAUCGUGGAGGCUAGGCCCGAGGCCGGGCCCGCGAAUCCGCUGCCGAAAGACAAGAACUUCUGGAUCCGUACAUGGGUGCCAGACGGCUGCUCAGUCGAUCAAGGCGCCCCGGGCUACGAGAAGAACGGGAUCCUGAGAUAUGACCCGUCAAGCACAGCGGCUCCCCAGUCUCAACAGUGGCCCAACAUUGCGCUGGUCUGCUCCGACGAGGACGCCGCAUCGCUCAAGCCUAUCCUGCCAUGGCAAGUCGGGUCUAGCGCGAAUGGCGACGAUGGCCAGCGCUUUGCAGUCACCCUCAACCGGACGGGCGGGACACCCAUCUUUCCUCUGGCGAGGUUUGCCUUUGACAUGACCGCAGACUUUCGGCCCCUGCAAAUCAACUACAGCGAUCCCAUCUUCCUGCACCUUAAUGACUUCAGCGGGAACUGGCCUGUGCAGUGGGCGGUCAUUCCCGAGAACUACACCAGCGACGACUGGGUUUACCUCGCGUUGACGGGCAACAAUGCCAGCACAACGUUUGGCACUCAUCCGAUUCACCUCCACGGCCACGACUUUGCCAUCCUCCAGCAAGCCGAGAACCAGAGGUACCCAGACGACCCUUCCAAGCUGCAGCUCAAUCUCCAGAACCCGGCCCGGCGCGACGUCGUCCUGCUGCCCACAAACGGCUUCAUCGUCAUCGCCUUCAAGUCGGACAACCCGGGCAACUGGCUGCUGCACUGCCACAUCGCCUUCCACGCGUCCGAGGGCCUGGCGUUCCAGAUCCUCGAGCGCCAGGCCGACGCCAACGCCCUCUGGCCGCACGGCGACUCCCCGGCGCUGGCCGAGGCCGAGCGCGUGUGCGGCAACUGGGACAAGUGGUAC